AUGGCUACGACACUGCUUAGAACAUUUGUUUUAAAAAUAAAUUUUAAAUUUUUGUACUCAUAUUUUUGUCAAAAAGCCAAGUGGAACAAGAGAAAAGAAUUUGAUUACCAUAUUUUCAAUUACCCGAGCAAAAAAGUGGAAAUAACCAAUGCAGAUGUGGACAGAAUUAUUGACUCUGCUUGGAGUGUUUGGUCAGGUGCAAAAAUUGGGCUCAAGUUUACCAGUUCAAAUCUAGAAACUGCAACCAUAAAAAUUUUUUUCGUGGCAGGAAAUCAUUCUGACAAAUGGCCUUUCGACGGAGAAGGCCACGUUUUGGGUCAUGGAUUCUAUCCGAAAGAUGGUAUAAUACAUUUCGAUGAUGACGAAAAAUGGGGUGACAAGAAAGGUAAAGGAAAACAACUUCUCUAUGUGGCGGUUCACGAAUUCGGCCAUGCUCUGGGUUUGGGUCAUUCAAACGACAGUUCUUCCAUCAUGCUCCGAUCAUACACUGGUUAUAGAGCUAAUAUCGUGCUGUCUCAGGAUGACAUCGACGGAAUCAAAGAAGCUUUUUCGGGGUAA